UGUUUGUGGGGCCUCUUCUGUGGUAGUUUGGUGUUGUUGAUCAUGGCGGUUGUGGGGCAGACAAAGGCGUUGCUGCUCACUCCUCAAUUGGAGAUUUAAAAAACUUUUUGAUCGAAUAUAUGCGUCUAAAUGAAAGAAUUACUUCUUGUUGAAAAUCAUUCUCUUACAUUUAAAUAGAUGAGGUUAUUUACAUUAAUCAUAGAGGAAGCUGAGAAGGUGCUGAUGGAUCGUUACAUCCCGACCAGCAUUCCAUGAACAAGCUCAUCGUUCCACAACUUUGUAGCAGCAGGGGAAAGUUCCAUGGACCUCACGACAUAGGACAAAUGCUGAAAGAAAAGCAGUCCCACAAUGUCACACUACACGGAUGAGCCUAGGUUUACAAUAGAGCAGAUUGACUUGCUGCAGCGGCUCCGGCGGAGCGGCAUGACAAAACGUGAUAUCAUCCACGCUUUGGAGACAUUGGACCGUCUUGACCAGGAGCAUGUGGAGAAAUUUGGCAAGCGGCACGGCUAUGGAAACAGCCACGCUUCCUGCAACAGCAGCAGCACCACCUCAUCCUCCUUUGUCACAGCUGCAACACAGACCCCGUACAGCGGUGCAUCUCCAUCACCUAGCAACAGCUACGAUACCUCUCCUCCCCCAUGCAGUACACACCUGAAUGGUCGGGAGAGCCUGAACAAUGAGAAACUGCCAGUGAUCAAUGGUAGGCUAUCGCCCAGUCGGUUCAAUAGUAACGUCAACCAGAGGACAUGCAGCUAUCAUGCAAUGGAAGAAGAGAUGGACCUGGAUGAGAAAGUUGAGGAACUUAUGAGGAGAGAUAGCACCCUUAUUAAAGAAGAGAUAAAGAGCUUUCUUUCCAAUCGGAUGAUUUCCCAGACUAUCGUGGGCCAGGUCACAGGGAUGAGCCGAAGCUUCAUUUCCCAAUGGCUCUUACAACAGGGACUAGAUAUGAGUGAGCCCAAGAAGCGGACGCUGUACAAAUGGUACCUUCUGGAGAAGACGAGUCCAGGAGCUACCUUAAACAUGAGACCUGCCUCUUCCACCACAGAAGACCUGGAGUGGAAGCAGUCGGCACCAGCCAACGUCACCACACCAGGGAACUUCCGACUCCGCAGGGGUAGUCGCUUCACCUGGCGCAAGGAAUGUCUCACUGUGAUGGAAAGUUACUUCAAUGAAAACCAGUACCCUGAUGAAGCCAAGAGAGAGGAGAUUUCAAAUGCCUGCAAUGCAGUCAUCCAGAAGCCAGGCAGGAAGCUGACAGAUUCUGAACGUGUGACUGCCUUGAAAGUCUACAACUGGUUUGCCAAUCGAAGGAAGGAGAUCAAGAGGAGAGCAAAUAUUGAAGCAGCAAUCCUAGAAACCCAUGGUAUUGAUGUACAGAGCCCAGGUGGACAUUCCAAUAGCGACGAUAUCGAUGGAAGUGAUUUCAUGGAGCAGCACCCUGAAGUGGACAGGCAGAAAUUUCCUCUAAGGCAUUCCUUCACUGAGGAGCAGGUGAGAAGGGAUGAAGAGCUUUCUCCUGCUUUGGUUAAUUCUGAGCUCAGUACUUGAUUCAGUAGCAGAGUCAAGAGUUGCAUUGAAGAAGAGCAGCAGCAGCAGAUGUAUUUGAUCAGCAACCAUGUUAAAGACUAAAAGGUAGUAUUCACUAAAAUGCAAGUUGAAGCCGAAUGCAAGUCACCAUUCAUCUCACAUCCAACAAUGUCAGAGCUGUUCUUUAUCUCGUUUAUUGUUUGUGCCAUCUUCCUGUGUUUGCCUGCAUACAGACCUAAUUUCACUUGCUUCCUGGGGAUGUGAACUCAUGAGGGACAUCUUGAGGGCAUUUUAUUGUGAUAGUUCUCCAGCUCUUAUGAUGGGGCAAUGAAAAAUGAGUGGUUUGUACAAAUCUUCAUCACACAAAAAAAAAUUGGGGCAGGAGUAGGUCCCUCCACACGAGCGUGCCCUUCAGUAUUAUCAUGGGUCCAGGUCAGAUUCAAAAUCGUUUUCUCUGAGAGCUCAUUCUUUCAUAAGCAAAAAACAAACUGCUGGAGGGUCAGGACACUUCUUCAGUCUGAAGGGGCAUGCUCUCCUAGGUUUAAUGAUCCUCGAAAUAUUAACUGUUCCACCAAUUUGGGUUUUUUUUUGUGUUCAAGCUUCCAGUAUCUACAGUCUUUUGUGUCUUCAUUGUUUCAAACAUUGGGUUUAGCAUUUCGGAGUGUUCUUGCCUGAUUUUAAAAAUUGUGAUUACACAACUGACACUCUAAGUGCAGCACCUUUGCCUGUACUCUAUUAACCAUACAACAUGUCUUUGCUAUUGAAAAUUAUACUUCAACUCUGGACAAGUUAACACCUUGCUUAAAAUAUUACAGCUUUUGCCACACGGCAGCAUCAGCAUGGUGGUGAUGUUACUUAGUAACCCAGAGAUCUGGACUGAUGCUCUGAAAUUAAAUGAAAGAGAUAUGGUAUCAGUAAUGAUGGUGAGGGAAUCACUGGAUUCCAGUAAAUUCUGGUAUUCACGUGUCCUUUAGGAAUCUUACCCUUCCUCAGUCUGACCUACCCAGUAGACACAGCAUACUGUGAUAAAUGCUGGCGUUUCCAAUGACACAUACAGCUACUUCACCAGUGCAAUCCAGGAAGUUAAGUUGGAGUCUUUGUCCUCUUAAUCUUAGAUUCACCUUGACUGUGGCAGUGUUCACUCAAUAUCAGGUAAAAAUAUUUGAGUAAAUUAAACCAUUGGAAUAGUUCCAGAUUAGUGUGCACAGCCAUGAGGAGUUGUGAGCAGUGUCAUUUCACAGGAAAUGAGGAAGUGCUUACCAUACACUGUUACAGGAUGUGUCAAUGCUUUGAUGUACAGCUCCUGCGCUUUGCUGCCCUCUGAUCAGUGAAGUUGGUUCUGACCCCUGACAAGGUAUUUAACUACAGUUCUUAGAUACUGUGGAAACAUCAACAAUAGUCAAACACGAGGAUCAUUAAACCCAGGAGAGCAUGCCCCUAAAAACCAUUAAGGGCCUGUCCCACUUAGGCGAUUUUUUUCGACGACUUGCCGGCACCCAUCAUAGUUGCAGCAGGUCUCCGAAAAAUUUCAACAUGUUGAAAAUCCAGCGUGGACCAGAAAAAGGUCCGACUCUUUGGGCGACUACUCACGACCAUACAGGCGUCACCUCGUGACAUGGUUCCUUAUUGCGUCAAAUAGUUUGCUAUUUUUAAGAGCUUUACCUAGUGACUUGGAGUAUUACGUCCAGAAACAGUAGCAAUUGUCUUUGAUUAAUUAUCUUAUUGAUACAUAUAAGUUUAUUACGGAUUUGGAUACGUUAGAGGCAGGAAAUUCCCGAUGUUGGGGGAGUCCAGAACCAGGGGCCACAGUUUAAGAAUAAGGGGCAAGC